UCCACCUGCGCGAGCUGCUGCUGGACUUUCUGAUGCUGCGCGAGAAAGAAGAGUGAACGCGAAACAGCACAAGUCUCGAGGAAAAGUUGUUUUUUUCACUCGCACCGGGUAGCAGAUUGUGGCUUUAAAGCAGAGGAAUGGAUAUGAGGACGUCUUUUCUCUGCGUAACCUAUGUUAUUCUUCUCACAGGCUCAGCCUGUGGACUACAGAUCACCUCUACUGGUCAGACAUCCAUUGAGAAAGCCAGCGGAGAGAGUGUAAAGCUGGACUGUCAAUUUACUCUUGCUUCUGAUGAUUCUGGACCUUUGGACAUUGAGUGGAGCUUGCAGCCCUCCGACAACCAGAAAGAAGAGAAAGUGGUGAUCGUGUACUCUGGUGACCGGGCCUUUGAACACUACUAUGAUCCUCUAAAAGGAAGAGUCCACUUCAACUCACCUGACCCUAAAAAUGGUGAUGCCUCCAUGAACAUCAUGGGCCUGAAAGCAACAGACACUGGCACUUAUCAGUGCAAGAUCAAGAAGGUUCCUGGUAUUGCUAGCAGGAAAUACCUGCUAACCGUUAUGGUACGUCCUUCUAAACCCAAAUGUAAUGCAGAGGGUCAAACUUAUGUGGGUAAGAAUAUGGUGUUGAAGUGUAGCUCUGUGGAAGGCACACAACCUAUGGAGUACAUCUGGGAAAGAACCUCUGGCAAUAAGCUAUUACCUCCAUUUGCAAUCCUGGAUAAAGUCACGGGCACCAUGACUCUGAAGAAUGCCACCGGGGAUGCUUCAGGGACAUAUCGAUGCCAGGCUAAAAACCGCGUUGGAACAGAAGAGUGUGUGGUAGAGGUCACUGUCACGCAACCGCCUAACACAGCUGGGAUCAUUGCUGGAGUAAUAAUCUGCAUUCUUCUGCUUCUCAUUCUCCUCGCCCUCAUCCUCUUCUGCUGCUGCCGUGCUCGCCACAAGAAGAAGUACGAGAAGGAGAUCGCCUAUGAGAUCAGAGAGGAUGUGCCUCCUCCAAAGAGCCGUGUUUCCACCGCACGCAGUUUCACCAGUGUGGGCAGCCAGCGCUCCUCUCUGGGCUCCAUGUCUCCUUCCAACCUGCAUGAGUACAGCAAGCCCCAGUAUGACAAGAUUCCCUCUGAAGAGUACGACAGGCCCCCUAGCCACGCUCCCAUUCCCCCGCCCAGCAGAAUGGCCGGCCCCAACCUCAGCCGAAUGGGGGCCAUCCCCGUCAUGAUCCCUGCCCAAAACAAGGAUGGGUCUAUUGUGUAAAACUGAACUGGGAUCAGUCUCUGCACAUUUUGACGGUCUCUGUUCUUAUCAUUUUAGCGGAUUUUGUGAAGGAGCAAAUAAGAGGAACUCAGAUGUACGGAUAAUGCAAAUCGACUGGCAGAGCUUCAACAAACAUUAACACAAACUUUAUUCAACAGGAUGCAGGAAAGUGAUUUGCCUGCUCCUGUUUUGUAAAUAAUGCAACGCAUGAUGAUUUCCCCCUUUUUUUUUCUUUAAAAAUAGAAGGCCCUAUUUUAAUGUAAGGCACUUGAAUUGGUUGCCUAUUAAGUGUUCUCCAGAGAUGAAUUGAAACCUUUCAAACGAAAUGUAUAUGUAAUACAACCCCAUUUUAGAUAAGAACUCUCAAGCUAUUUGUUAAUGUUUUUUUUAAACCAGUUUGAAAUAUUUUCUGGCAACUUAAACCAUUUAUCUAUGACAAUAGUUUUCUUUUUUAAUUUCUUUUUUUUUGCUGGCAAAGAUUUACUCAAAGGGUCUGUGGGAAAUAUGAUGAAUUGCUUUGGUUUCUCAAAAAGAUAAUAGCGUUUGCUUGGAUUGAAGAUUAUUUACAUGUGAUGUGUGUGUGCAUGUGUACAUAUACAUGAAUAUGAAAUUGAUUUAUUUGAAGAUGAGCUAAUACUGUGAUUCCUAACCUGCUUUGCUUUUAUGGACCAUUUGGCAGUUUAAAUCCCAUCAGAAUGAUUAGUGUUCAAGUCUUUGAUUGGUCAGUUCCUUAUGCUUUGACCCCCAAACCUCUGCUUCCCUCUACCCUGCAGCAUAAUGGUACUCUUCAAAAUAAGAUUAAAGGUUUUUUUUUUUUUUUUUAAAGAUGCUUAAGCUGGAUGGUAAAAUAUGCUUCACUGAGCAAUCUGACUUCAGUAACGGCCAGACCAGAAAAGCUGAUCCCAGAUGCCUCUGAUUAAUUCACAGACUUUAACUAGAGAUUCUAAUCCUGAAUCUGCAUUCGGCUUGGCCGUCAAUCAUCCUGUUUAAAGCUAAUUGUCUGAUUGAUGUGUUGGUUUGCAGUUUAUUUAUUGGGUGAAGGACAUCUUAUUUAAAGAUUUUUUGACCACAUAUUAAAAGCCAAUUUAUACUUCUGCCUCAAGAGUGUGUGGUAGGUCUGGAGUAGCCUUUGCACAGUUGCCUUUUGCCAUAUUCUGAUGCGUAGCAACUCUCAAAUAAUGUAGCAUGUAGUAGUAGGGCUGCAUGAUACUGGAAAAACUGACAUUGCGAUGUUUUUCUGCAAUAUGAAAAUAAUUUCACCAGAUGAUAUAAAUGGCUAAAUUUGGAAAGAAUUCAUUAUUUUAUAUUGAUUGGGAUGAUUUUGUAGGAUGGAUAAUCUGCAUAAAUCAAACAAAUAGCAUUUUGUGGUUUACUGGAAAGAUUAUAACUGUAUUGACAUACAGAAAUUAAAUCAUCAAACGUAAAUAAAUAACACUGCAUAAUCUUCAUUGUGUAAACAAAUAAACAAUCAUUAGCUGUUUCCAUCCUCCUAUUUUUAUGUGUAUUUGGAUAUGCGGAUAAAAAAUAGUUGAUAAACACCAAGAUGCGCAUACAUUUUGAAAAUUCGCGUAAAAAAACGUGUGCGCAUAACUGAGUAGCAUGAACUUGAUUCAAUAAGAAAGAAUGCACAUAAACUACGAUGGAAACACUUUUACCGAACAAAUUCCAUUAUGUGCAUUAAAGUCAUGUGAUUUUGUUAUAAGAGAUCAUGUGAUGAUAAAAUGUGUGUGAAUGGACAAAGCAGCAGGUUGAGCACAUUGUAAAACAUCUAUAAUGUUGUUUUGGUCAUUCUAAAACGCUUUAAAACAUUUCAGUUUAAUUGUUAUUAUUUUAUAAUGUGCUCCGCAUCUCACCCCUUCAAAAGCCACUCUUUCAUUGGAUGACAGCAUUGUCUUCUGAGGUCAUUAAAUAAAUAAGAAAAGAUUGGCGCUGCUUCUCCGACCGCAGCAAAUCUCGUUUUUACUUUUGAUAUUUGGCACCAGUUAAUCAGGAAGUGACGAUUUUGUUCUCUUUGACUCGUUGGAUGGAAACGCUGCUUUAUUCGCACAUAUUUUAUGCGAUACUCCAGUUUUGCGCAUAUAUUUAAUUUGCAUCUUUGGAUGGAAACAUAACUACUGUAAAAAAUGUUACAAUUUCUUACACUUGAAAUUUAACGUUCAUAGGCCUUAAAAACAAAGCAAACAAGCAAAUGAAAAACUUUUACUUCAUUAAGAUUAAAGUUCACAAUGUGGUUGCUUGUCUACUAUAAUCCCACUCAAAUAUCCUAAUGGAUGAAUAAACUGAACUGACAUUGCAAAUUCUGUGAUGUGACUAUUGCAGAUUUGCACAUUGCGUAAUCAAUGCAAAAUGAUAUAUUGUGCAGCCCUAACAUGUAGUGGCAAUGCAGAUCACAAGAUCUGUGAUUGGUUGGCUUGUAUUGGUGAGAGCUGUGAGAGUGGUGCGAGGCCGGUGGUGCAAGUUUUUAAACAUGUCUUGAAUCCUGCAGAGAAGCUCCAGAUAGAUACAUUUGUUUUGUGUAUGCUUUAUAAUUAAAGUUGGUGAAGGUUUGAACUACUGUUACAAUAGCAACCCACAGAUUUUUGGCACAAACUUAAAACCCCACUGCCUAUUAUUGAGAGUAGGUAAGAGUCAUUGCCAAGGCAGCACAGACAGAAUGCAGAAAUAUAAAUACUCAGAACGAUGUCGGCUACCUGCAAGAUAUUCAUCAUGGGGUGCGUCGGAUCACUUGAUGCCGAAGUGUAAAUUGGGCUUAAUUUUAACCAAUUGAAGGCCAAUUCAAAUGUAAGAUCAUCCAUAGAUUUAUAAUAGACUUCUUUGAUCAUUUAAUAUUGAUUAGGCCUCGUACGAUUUUGAUUUGACUUAAAGGUUUAUCCUAAAAUGUAAAUUUGCUGUUGAUUUGCUCAUUAUCAGGAUCCUAGAUGUCGGUGAUGCGCUCUCUCUUUUUAAAGAAGUUUAAAGAACAUUAAAGUAGUGUUUUUAGUUUUUUAGGCUGAAACUGUGAUUCUGAACUUUAAGAAAAAAACAUACAGGGGAACUAAAUUUAUGUUUGUGGGCCCUAACAAUCUGCUGAGGAUUUAUAAAACUAUUGGUUUUCUGUAAUGUUCUACUAAAAGAAAAAAGUCUACAUCUAUAAACAGCAGAUUUUUAUUUUUAGGUGAACUAUCUGCUCAAGUCACCAAAUCACCACAAUGACUGUCCCAAACCUUACGGUUCUUAUCAUGGUUUUAUUACUGCUUAUUUUACCAUGUAGGUCCAUUCUAAUGUUCACUCUGUGCCUUUUUUUGUCUAUGGGUGUAAUGAACUGGUAUACACAUCAGGCACAGUCCGGUAUAAGAUUCUGACAGUAUGAUAACCUUGGUUAAAAAUAUCAUGCUUUUAAGGUUUCAUGGUAUUGUGAUUACUGCUUUAAAAUAAGUUCUUUUCCCCAUUGAACACAAUUUAUUUUAGUUUAAGAAAGAUUUAGUGUUUUGGCUUUUGUUAUUUUAAACAUGACGUGUCUUCAAAACGCAGAUUGUGUUUCCUGAAUUUCCUGAAUCGGGGGCUGACCAGUAGCCUUUGAUUUUGAGGGUCCUUUUGCUGUAGAUACUGUUGCCCUAAAAACCUAAUGAAGUAGUCGUAAAAAAACAAAUAAAAAAACAACAACAUCUUGCAUAUACCUUAGGAACAGUACAAAAGAAAAUGUUUAAGGUUUCAAAACCUUGACUUUCCAAACCGCGGUAAACCUUGAAAACGGUUAUUGUCCCAUGCCUAAUACACAUUGAGUGGGUCCACAUCAGUGGCAUAGGGUAAAUUGUACACGAACAAUUAUAAAUGAUGAUGUGUAAUGCACAAUUGGACAUUAAAUGAUUUUGUUGCGCAGGCUGGCAACAAAUAUGACUCUUCUGUUGAUACAGUAGGUGUAUAAUGACGAUUUGAAUUUAUUAUUUUUUUAAAUGCUGGUCUCAUGGAAAGAUAUUGUGUACACUGACAACCAUAUGCCGUGUGUCUGUUGUACACAAACAGCAGGCUUUUCACAAUCUGCUUGUAUUUUGACCAGGGCUCCUGUUGAAUGUGUAAAUAUAUUUACUGUAAUGUUGGGCGCGAUUGAUUGCGUUUGUCUUUAUGGCUGUAGCCUGUUGCACUUGGGUGGCUUUCCAAGGCUGCGAAUGUGAUGAAGGACUAGAGGAUGAUCAGGCUAAUCAUCCGCCAUCUGGAGAAGGUAUUAUUAACAUUUAUUAUGCAUAUGUUGUCAUUACACAAAAGCACACACACACACUUGUGAUUUCCUUGGGCUUUUAUUUGUUAAGCCUCUAUGAAUAUAGGGCUGCUGUUACAGGAUCAGUACAGCUUGUUUAAACGUGGAGACUAAUGCCAGUGUAAACUGAGAAACCCGAUCUUUGGUCAGCAUUAUCUUUACUGCUAGCUGUACAAAUCAACUUCCUUGAAUCAAAUGAUACUUUUUUUUUGGGAUGGGGCCCGUUUGGUAUUUCGUAACCUUAGAGGUUUGUCUGGUUCUUUGUACAGUGCCAUUUAAAGAGAUAGCAAACUCUCCUUACUAAUAAGAGACAACCAAUGAAAUUAACUGUAGAUGUUUUCUUUUGAAAAAACUGUACUAAUAUUACAUUUACUUUUUCUUCCUGUUUGGUUUGCACAUCAUGUAAAACCUCCUUUUAUUUUUGUGUGCUUUUUUGUGAUGUAUUUUUAAAUAAAAAACGAAACUACUAUCA